AUGAGUAUUCAAGUGGAAACCCGCCCAGAACCCGUCACCUUGAAAUGGGACGGGGACGAGAGUCUCAACGGAAAUGAGGUUCCGCCGUCGGACUGGGCGCCCAAGAUUCACCCACGGGCCGAAGAGGUCGCCAGAGAGGUCGAUGGCUAUUUCCUUGAGCACUGGAACUUCACUGACGACCGUGCCCGGUCUACCUUUCUCAAGGCGGGCUUCUCUCGUGUGACGUGCUUGUACUUUCCCCUGGCCAAGGACGAACGGAUUCAUUUUGCCUGCCGCCUACUUACGGUCUUGUUCCUCAUCGACGACAUUCUCGAGGACAUGUCCUUCUCCGAUGGCGAGAAGCUCAACAACAGGCUGAUAGAGCUGUCCAAGGGCCCCGAAUAUGCUACCCCAGACAGAUCCAUACCGGCCGAGUUUGUCAUCUAUGACCUGUGGGAGAGCAUGCGGGCACACGACUUGGAGCUGGCCAACGAGGUGCUGGAGCCAACCUUUGUCUUCAUGCGCUCGCAGACCGACAAGGUCCGGCUGACCAUCAAGGAGCUGGGCGAGUAUCUGCGGUACCGUGAAAAGGACGUCGGCAAAGCGCUACUGUCUGCCCUCAUGCGCUUCUCGAUGGACCUACGCCCUACGCCGGCUGAGCUUGCGAUGCUGCGGGAUCCCGAGGAGAAUUGCGCCAAGCAUCUCUCCAUCGUGAAUGAUAUUUACAGCUUUGAGAAAGAGGUGCUGGCAUCGAAGACGGGCCAUGCCGAGGGGUCAUUUUUGUGCUCGGCCGUCAAAGUCCUGGCCACCGAGACUGGCUUGGACGUAUCCGCCACCAAGCGCGUCCUGUGGUCCAUGGUGCGUGAAUGGGAGCUGGUUCAUAACGCCCUGCAGGACAGACUGCUCAACGCCGAUGGCAGGUGCAGCCCUACCAUCCGAGAAUAUAUGCGUGGCCUCCAAUUCCAGAUGAGCGGCAAUGAGCUUUGGAGCCGCACAACUCCCCGUUACAUGGAGCCGGUGGCCCCUGGUCUUGUGUUGGGAAAGUAG